UGCCAUAUUUAGAUCCAUCCAACCGCAUUUUCAUAAAUGUGCAACACGCCUAUGUGUGCUGCUGGGGGGGCUGACUUCUCGGUCGCGCAGUUGUGUCUGUGUCUGUGUGUGUGCGUGAGAUAGGGAUGCUGAGAGAAAGUGAGGCAGGGCGCGAGUGUGUCUGUGUGUAGAGAGAAAGAGAGAGCGCGCGCUCCAGGUUGGCGCAGGCACCGGUCAGGGAGAACGGAGCGUUGUGCAAGGUGGAAGCAUGGCUUCGUCUCACGGGAGAAGCGACCUGCGGUUCGCAGACUGGAUGGCAAGUUUACCGCAGAGCAUGCACACUAUCCCGCUCACCAACCUGGCUAUUCCCGGAUCCCACGAUUCCUUCAGUUUUUACAUCGAUGAAGCGUCUCCAGUGGGCCCCGAGCAGCCAGAGACGGUGCAGAACUUCGUUUCUGUUUUUGGCACGGUGGCCAAGAAGCUAAUGAGGAAGUGGUUGGCUACACAGACUAUGAACUUCACGAGCCAACUGGAGGCUGGGAUCCGGUUCUUUGACCUGCGCAUCUCCACCAAGCCCCGUGACCCUGAAAAUGAGCUGUACUUCGCCCACGGGCUCUUCAGUGCCACGGUCAGAGAAGGCCUAGAGCAGAUCAGCAGUUUUCUGUCAGCUCAUGCCAGAGAGGUGGUCUUCCUGGAUUUCAACCACUUCUACGGCAUGCAGAACCUGCACCAUGAAAAACUGGUGACCAUGCUAAAGGAGGUGUUUGGAGAGAAGCUCUGCCCUGUUGUUUUUGCUCAGGAGGUGAGUCUGCAGUAUCUAUGGGAGAAGGAGUACCAGGUGCUUGUCUUCUACCACCAUCCCAUGGCCCUGGAGGUGCCCUUCCUGUGGCCAGGCCAGAUGAUGCCUUCUCCCUGGGCCAACACCACUGACCCAGAGAAGCUGAUUCAGUUUCUGCAGGCAUCUAUCACUGACCGCAGGAGGAAGGGGACAUUUUUUGUCUCCCAGGUGGUUCUGACACCAAAAGCCAGCACUGUGAUGAAGGGAGUGGCUAGUGGACUGAGAGAGACAAUUACAGAAAGGGCUUUACCGGGUAUGAUGCAGUGGAUCAGAUCUCAAAGACCCGGGGAGAGCGGCAUUAACAUCAUCACAGCUGAUUUUGUGGAGCUUGGAGAAUUCAUCAGCGCCGUCAUCACCCUCAAUUAUCACCUGGAUGACGAAGACGACGAUGCGACCUGAGAACCCGCAGCGGGCGUCAAGGAGUGCAGUCACCACCACUGAUACUAGUGGUUGCGUCUGUGCUCUCACUCUUUUCUCUUUGGCAUUUAUUUCAGGAGGGGGAGCUAAACGGCUCCUUUCACUUUAUUUAGGGCUAUAGUGAGAUGAGCGGUCAAAUGGAAAAAGGAGAUUGAGGAAUUUCAAGUUGAGACUGGUAGACAUAACGCUGAUGUUCGGUUGGAGCACUUUGAGAGUGAGGUUUUGUUUUGUUUGUGUCCAGUUUUAGGGGAUCCAAAAGAUUUUUGCUUAUUUUGUUUGUUUGUUUUUUUUCAGGUAAAAUGUUUAUUUUCUUUACUCCCUGUGCUGUAAAAAUCCCUGCUUUGUCCACUGAUCAAAUGCACUGUUUUCAGGCUUACCACUUCAUCACGGGUAGGUUCCUCAGAGCAUAUCAACCGUCUGCUAAAUGUAUUGGUACAUCGUGGUAUUCUAGUGACAGUGACAGUUUUUUCAGAGGCUGUUUAUAAUAAGUCUGUGUAUCUCAAACUUUAGGCCGGUGUAAGUAGCUAGCAGUUGUAUGUCUUGUUUGGCAAAUCUGUCCAAGUGAAUUUUCUCUCUUUUGUUUUUAACAAUAUGCAUCUUUGGUCAGAUCACUGCGGGUGUUUUUGAAAACGCCUCCAGCAGCUUGAAUGCAGAGUGUGAUUAAAAAGUGUUGUUCCAAUGUGUUUAUUCAAUACAUAGACAAAAACAAAUCAUUCCCAUUUCUUUUUGAAACUGUAUUCCCUCGUGGGAUUUUCACCCAGUAAGUCUCCACUGAAGCCAGCUUGCAGCAAUGGCGUUUAUUAGACACCUGUGUACUCUAAAACUAUUUAUCGAUAGAUUAAAAUGAUUCAUGCAGUAAUUCAAAACCAUAUUGCAAGAGAGAGUGAGAGUGCAGCUUGGCUGGCCGACAAGUGUUCUAAUCAUGUAAGAUGGAUACACAGCGGUCUCUUGUGCAUGAGCACUAAAACAGUAAUUUUCACAUUAUCUGUUUGAUUCAUAUUGCAAGACAAGCAUCAGUUCUCACUGUUGGAAAUGAAGUUGAUGAAACAAGACAUUUCUAAUGAGAAGGCAUUCAGUGUGACUUUUUUUUUUUGCAUUCUGUUGUGGGUGUUGAGUCGUGACAGCCAAGUAUAAAAAUACAGUAUAUCUGGGUACCACCGUCUGCAUUUCCUUUGCUCAUUGCUUGCCCCCAGUCUGCAUAUAUAUCUAUAUAUAUAUGCAGAUAUAUAUAUAUAUAGAUAUAGCUAUAGAUAUAGAUAUAUAGAUAUAAAUAGAUAUAGAUAUGAGUCACCCUGAGCUCCAUCACUGUGUCAUGUAUUUCAUAAUACUAGGUGAUAAAUGAUAAAACUGCUUCCCAGCCACUCAGAGACUUAUUGUAUUAAAAAAAAAAAAAACUGUCAUAAUUUAGAGUCAGGGGUCCUGAUUUGGCAAUGAUGUUUUAUCACUAGGAAAAUAAUACAAGCAUCUUCUUAUCGCUCAUGUUUAUGAAUCCCUCAAUUUCUGCUGUAUCAAUGUUAGGGCAAUACAUUAAUUUCUUAUUUAUAUUUGGUGCAUUUCAUUCUUUUGCUUCCCGGGUUUAAAUCAAGAUGGAAAAGUACAAAGAAAUGAGAUUCAAAAAGACAUCUUCUGCUGCAAGGUUUUAUGCAUGGAAAACACACACACAAACACACACACAUACUAGUCAAAUAUCCACACACCUCAUGGUCUGUGUGGUAUUUUCUGUAGAGAAUGUAUUCUGCCAGGACAGUGUUAAGAAGUUCAGUAAUGUAAAGCCAAAAACAGAAAACUUUACUCUUUGGAUCGGUGAAUGUAUGUGUCUCGUGCGUAUCUGUGCCAUUUCUAAAAGUUUCAUGUGAGUGACUGAGUUUCAGCUAGAAAGUCAUGUUUGUAUUAUUAUGCUUCAAUGUGAAAAUGAGUUCAAGUUUUAGAGUUUAAAGAUGUGGUUUCAUGUUAAAAUGUUUUAUAUCGUGGAGAGUUUCUACAUACUGUAACUGCAAAUAGUAUACUGCCGAUAAAUUGUAAGAUAUUUAGAUUAUUAUAUCAUCACUAACAACAUUUUCUUCGUUUUAGUGAACUACCACACCGCCCGCGUUUGUCAUAUUUAUUUUACACUUUACUUUUUUUGCAUGAACUGAAAUCUUCUACAUACUAUACUGUUUUCCGUACACCUAGAGGGUCCAUGAGGUUUGUGCAUAAAUUUGAUUAUUUUCUGCAUAUUGUUGUUAGGAGCAUGCGUGCAUCUCAGCUGGAAAUGUUCCUUCCCUUUAAGACAAAUGUCUAAAUUAAUUUAUUUUUUAAAGGUUGCACUCUUACUAGCCCAUGCAGAUUAUGAAUGAACCCACACAAAUGAGCAGACUUUAAAAUGCUUGCAAACCGUGUUGUAAGGACAUUUGUGUCUCUCCUGGUCCAAACUGUUGUCACUGCCUUUAUGUUCUGAUGUGAAGAGUCCUUUGCUGUUGUAAAACUCGGAAACCUUUGUUCAAAGUGACUCUGUUCUAAGUGGAAAAUGGCAGAUCAAAUAAAGCUUCUAUGCCUAUUAA